CUUAGCUUGGGUGAAACUGCACUUUGCCAUGGACCUCCGCGUCGUGGAGCCCGCGGCGCCGGGCAAGUUUGCGUCCAACCAGAUGCGCACGUCCAAGUACACGCUCCUCAACUUCCUUCCCGUCGCCUUGUACCUUGCGUUUCGCCUCUCGACCAACUUUUACUUUUUGAUCAUUGCCGUGCUGCAGUCGUGGUCGGCGAUAUCGCCCGUCGGUCCCAUGACCGCUGUCACGCCGCUCGUCCUUGUCGUCGGCAUCGUCCUCCUUCGCGAGGCGAUCGAAGACCACAACCGCCACGUGCUGGAUGAGAAGACCAACACGACGCCGAUCCAAGUGCUUCGAAAAGGCCAGCUCUUGUCAGUGACGUGGCAGGACAUUUGCGUCGGGGACAUGGUCGAGGUGCACGACAAGGCGUCGUUUCCCGCCGACGGUCUCUUGCUUGCAACGUCCGAAGAAAAUGGUGCCUGCCUCAUUGAUACGAGCAAUCUCGAUGGCGAAGCCAACCUCAAGACGCGCAUUGCGCUGCCAGCGACCAUGAGCUUUUCGAUCCAGUCGCCGUUGCCGGCCUUUCACGUCAAGUGCGAGCCGCCGAACGUCGACUUGUACAAGUUUACCGGCACGCUCUCCAUCGGUUCGAAUGUCUAUGCGUUGGACGAGCAGCAGCUGCUGCCACGCGGGUCAACGCUGCGCAACACCAAGUCGAUCUUGUUUUGCGUCGUCUAUACGGGCGCCGAGACCAAGAUGAUGCUCAACGCCAAGCGUCCGCACCACAAGCUGAGUCACGUCGACAGCAUUGUCAACCAGAUCGUGGUGUUUAUCUUCAUUUUCCAAGUCGCCUUGUGCGUCGCAGGGGCCAUCUACCACAACCUCUGGACGUCCGAGACCGCAUUCGAAGCGCUUUUUGUGACGGGCGAGGGCGAAGCCGAGACCGACCUCGUUGCGGGCGUGCUCACGUUUUUGAGCUUUGUCGUGCUCCUCAACACGUUCAUUCCAAGCUCGCUCGUUGUGAGCGUCGAGAUUGUCAAGGCGCUGCAUGCCAAGUUUGUCGUGUGGGAUCUGCACAUGAAGCUCCCCAACGGCGACGGCGCCAGCGCCAACACGCCCGCACUCAUGGAAGAGCUCGGGCAAGUCAACUAUCUCUUCUCGGACAAGACGGGCACGCUCACGGAGAACCGCAUGGAGUUUCGAAAAUGCAGCGUCGCCGGUCGCAUCUACUCGAUGUUUUCGCCCCCCCCGUCCCCCCCGAGCGGAAAGGAGCCCAAGUUGCCAUCGACAGCAGUGACCACAACACUGAGUGAAGCGACGCUCCCGCACAUGUCCACAUUUAGUACCAGUAUUGUCAACACACCGGUGCAAAGUCAACAACCCAAAGUCUGGUCGCUCUACGAACUCCAACAAGCGGGCGAGCGGGCGGGGACCCCCGAAGCCACGUUCAUUCAAGCCAUGGCGCUCUGCCACACGGUCCUCUGCGAGAAGGUGCCCAAUGACGACGGCGUGUCUACGAUCCAGUACAUGGCCGACUCGCCCGACGAAGGCGCCUUGGUGCGCGCGGCGCGGGACCUCGGCAUGGCGUUCACCGGUCGCAACAACCACACGAUGCUCUUGACAACGGUUCGGGAAAAGUCGGGAAGCGGACCACCCACGUCGUCCUUUGAGGUCCUCCACGUGCUCGCGUUCAACAGCACGCGCAAACGCAUGUCUGUCAUUCUUCGAAGCGCCAACGGCACGAUCGAGCUGCUCUGCAAAGGCGCCGACUGCACCAUUCUAGAUCUCUGCAGUGAUUUUGGGCCGCAGUCCAAAGCGUGCAUCUUGGACCACCUCCAGCAAUUUGCGGUCGAGGGCCUUCGCACACUGUGCUUUGCGAAACGCGUGCUGACGGACGCCGAGUACGACGCGUGGAAAUCGCGGUACAAAGCCGCCGAGCUUCUCAUGGAAGGACGCGAGACGAGUAUGGACGCGCUCGUGUGCGAAAUUGAGCAAAAAAUGAUCUACGUGGCGUCCACCGCGAUUGAAGACAAACUGCAAGAUGGCGUGCCCGAGACCGUCACGCGCCUCCUUCGCGCGGGUAUCAAGAUUUGGGUCUUGACCGGUGACAAGGUCGAGACCGCCGUCGAGAUUGGCCGGUCGUGCCGUGUCAUUGGCAAGGACAUGGUCGAGGUCGUGCUCCAAGGUUCGACCGUCGCCGAGCUGGCCAAGAACUUGGCGCAGCUGCAGACACGCCCCAUGACUGCCGAGGCGCCCCGCUACGCGCUCAUCAUUGACGGCUUCUCGCUUUCAUUUGCGCUCAUGCCCGCCAACCGACUGCACUUUUUACAGUUUACGCUCGAGUGCGCGGCGGUCGUUGUCUGCCGCAUGUCGCCGCUUCAAAAAGCACUUGUCGUCGAGCUUGUCAAGGAGAGUGUGCCCGGGGUGACCAUGGCAGUUGGUGACGGGGCCAACGACGUGUCGAUGAUCCGCGCAGCGCAUGUCGGCGUCGGUGUCUCGGGCCAAGAAGGACACCAAGCUGUUCGGAGCGCCGACUUUGCGAUUCAGCAAUUCCGCCACCUGGAUCGUCUGUUGCUCUACCACGGACGUUUGUCCUACUUUCGCGUGACACAGUGCAUCAACUAUUUCUUUUACAAGAACAUUUUGUUCACGGCGCCGCAGUUCAUCUACGGCAUGUACUCGCUCUUCUCGGGCACGACGUAUUAUAGCGGGCUGUACAUUCAAGCGUUCAACAUGCUCUACACGGCCGCGCCCGUCGUCGCCCGCGCCAUCAUGGAGAAGCGUUUGCCCGACUCGCUCGCGCAGCAAUUCCCCGAGCUCUACUUUCUCGGCAACUCCAACCUUCUCUUUUCGCUUCCGACGACCGCGCUCAUCAGCGCCAUCGGCGUUGUCCACGCAAUCGUCGUCACGACCUUUCCCCUUGUGAUUCUCGACGCUGCGCAAGGUGUGCCGUACAUCGACAUGUACUGCGACGGCGUCGCGACGUACAUGAGCAUCAUCUUGAUUGUGACCUUGCUCAUCUCGUUCGAGACAUGCAACUGGACGGGCUGGGUCACGUUUAGCUAUGUCGGGUCGAUCGUCUUCUUCGCCCUUUCGGGGCUCAUCUACGACGGCAUGACGAGCGAUCUGUACGGAGCGUGGGCACGGCUCACGGUCGCGCCCACGUUUUGGCUCACAAUUGCAUUGGCGCUCGCCGUAUGCAUCCUUCCGCUCUUAGCGCUGCAGGGGUACCUUGAGAACUUUGCCGAGUCGAUUGAGCCGGUCCAUGUUUUACGGCGCGCCAAGCUCUACGGCAAAGUGCGAGAUAUCCACAACAGUGAAAAGCAGCCCGGUCCGCCGACGGUCGGCGAAUAACAAAACGCGAUGCCGACGACGACACGACCACAUUGAUUUUGCUCGUAGUAAACCGACGCGUCUUUAUACAGUGCCUUUAGAAUCAUG